CGGCGGACGCACGCAUUGGGCGCAUCACUCACUCAUAGGACGUCGUCGGGUUUCGAUGCAAAUAGUACCAGGCGGCUCCUUCAUUUUUGGAAAAACGACUAUACACAGAAGAAUCAGCGACGGUUAAUUUGUGAAGAUAAAAGUCUUGUUUGUGAAGAUAAAAGUGUUGGCAAUGGAGGGAAGGAUUUCUACCUUGACUCUGCUGUGUCUGGUGUUGUCAGGUGUUGGUGCCAUCACAGUGGACAUCCCGAAGGACGUGUAUGAGUAUGCCAGGGGUGACAACAUCACACUGCCCUGCAGUUUUCAAACCAAAGGCAAAUCAAUUGUCAUCACGUGGUCUGCUCAGGCUGAACAACUGAACGCUAAAUCGGUCACAAUCCUCACGUAUUUUUCUGGUGAAGCCAGUACUGACAUCGAUACGAUGUAUGAAGGUCGGGUGUCCCUGGACUUAGACAUUGCCACGGGAAAGGCCAACCUGAAACUGUCCUCCAUCACACUAGCAGACAACCGUCUGUUUGAGUGUAAUGUCCUGGUCCCAGGUGAUAAUAAGGGCACCUCAUCUGACACUGCACGCUUGGUGGUUCUAGUGGCUCCAUCUAAGCCCAUUUGUAGGAUCCAGGGUAAGGCAGAGUACGGCCAGAACAUCAACCUGACAUGUUUGUCUGAGGAAGGCUCCCCGCCACCCACUUAUAAAUGGGAAAGUCGAGAUGUCAGCAACAUGCCUCGUGUUGCAGACCCCCGAACCACAGACAAGGGAGGCAUCCUGUCUCUAUACAAUAUCUCCAAAGAUGCAUCAGGAUACUACAUCUGCACCUCAACCAACAAGAUUCGCUCUGCUACCUGCAACAUCACCCUCGCAGUCAUGCCACCUUCCAUAAACGUUGCCUCCACUGCAGGAAUCAUUGGUGCAGUUGUCGCCUUUUUGAUCAUACUCAUCGUCAUCAUCUAUUGCUGCUGCUGCCGGAAGAAGAACAAAGGGGAGGAAUACGCCAUGGGAGUUCGUGAGGAACAGUACCAUGACAAAGAGCCAACUACAAAUGGUGAGAGUCGCCGCACCGAUGGGCAAGAGGUCAUAGAGAGUCAUGAUGACUCCAGUGUGAAGAACACUGCUGAUCGCAGAGACCACUACGAGGAACGGAGUGAGCAAGGCAGUGACUAUGAUGAUCACCGCAGCAACUACUCCGACCGCCGUGACAAGUACAGUGACCGGCAUGAGCGCUAUGACGAUGACCGCCGCUAUGACGAUGACCGCCGCUAUGACGAUGACCGCCGCUAUGAUGAUGACCGCCGCUACAAUGGCCGCAGAGACCGUCAUGAGCCCUAUGAUGAUCGUGAUCGUGACAGACCACCUGUGCCAGCCCUUAAGCCACCAAGGAGGGACUACAACAAUUAAGGCCUCCAACCUAUAUCAACCACUGUCUUCCAUCUUCUGUUUUAUCUCCAUUGACUUUACUCCAAUGGCAGCCAGUUACCUCACACUCUAGGUGUGACCUAAUUGGCUCAAACAACAUUUUUGCCUCCAUGGAUCUUGUUGUGACAUAAUUGGCUCAAACACCACAACUAUACUAGACUUAAGAGGAAGCACAAUCUGUAAUUUUCUGUUUGAGAGGUAGAACAAUUUUGAGAGUGAAGUCGUUUGUGGGAGGAUUAGUUGAGGAAAGGCUGGGAACCCAAAAUCUUACCCGUUUUUAGACAGGGAGUGGGUGGGUAGGUCGAGUCAACAGUUACAAACUCUCUGGCUCAGGUAUAAAUGCCUGGGCAGCAUUUAUACCUGAGCAAGAUCUGUACCUUUUGUUGUGAACCAAAACGUCAUACAAAUAUUAGGAACUGGACAAACAUUUCACAGAUCCUCCAGAGUUUUUUAGACUGCUGUGUAAUCUACAAGUUGGUAUUUUAGUUUUAAAUGCAAUAUGUUGGCAUUAUUAUAUAAGAAUGAGGCCUUAUGUCUGUCUGUCUGUGUGUUUGUCUUGAUUUGAGGUGGCUUCUGCUGUUGGGUAUAACUGGUGGUAGUUUGUUUGCUUAGGAAACUAAUAUAAAGGGCUUCAUUUUUCUUCAGUCAUUCUUUACGCUUAAUAGGAUUAUUUUUGUUUAUUUGAGUUACAUACUUAUAUACUAUAUCCUUGUACAGAAACGUAGAUAUUGAACCAGUUUUAAUGUCCUUGAGUGCUUGCUGUCAUUAUAUUAUAGAAACUAGAACAAGAAAUUCCUGAUUGUUGGGACUGACAAUGUCCCCACAGAUGUCUCAGGGUUGUUGUUUUUUAAUUGCAAAUGAAAAUCCUAUUUUGAACAUGUCUAAACUUUGAACAUAAACAGAAUAUAACCUCUAGCCAUGCCACCUUCAAAUAUGCUUUUUUAUGUUGAAUUAUUUUAUAGAGAGAUUUCUGUUGAAAUACAAUGAAAUAUGAUAAUGUACAUAUGCUUUUAUUUUAUCCGAGCAAUGGCAGUUUUACAUUGGGAUUCAUCAAAAUCUUUUGUUAUUGUGAAACAUUUUGAGAUGCAUUCAUUUUAUGAUAUAUGCUGGAAAAAAAAUAAAGUUGAUGAAAUCAAACUAACAAA